CGAACCGAACACUAGCAGAAAAGCACCAAGUAAUUCAAUCGCAACAUUGAUCAGUAUGCAAGUAGAAAACAAAACUGCAUUGAUUACCGGAGGAGCAAACGGGAUAGGCUUCGCCUGUGCUACGGAACUUCUACGAAAUGGAGCUGCGCAUGUAGCGAUUCUUGACUUGGCGACAUCCCCAGGCGUAGAAUCGGCUCUUAAAUUAAACGCCGAAUUUGGCGAAGGACGCGGGAUCUUCAUUGUUUGUGAUGUGACAAAAGCCAGGGAGUUCGAAGCUGCGUUCGCCAAAACUACCGAUGAAUUCGGUGGACUUGAUAUCGUGAUCAACAACGCUGGAAUUGUCAACGAAUCGAUGUGGGAAUUGAUGAUCGACGUUAAUCUAAAGGCCGUUGUGAGGGGAACGAUUCUGGGUCUUCAGCACCUAGGAAAGGACAGAGGUGGUAAAGGUGGCGUCAUCGUCAAUAUUGCAUCUGUCGCUGGCUUGGAUCCUUUUGACUGGUUUCCAGUCUACGCCGCAGCCAAACAUGGCGUAGUUGGCUUAAGUCGAUCGUUUGGGGCAACUUACCAUUAUGAAAAAACUGGUGUUCGAGUGAUAGCAAUUUGCCCUUCAUUCACAGAGACGAGAUUUUCAGCUGAUGGUGGUAACGAUUUUGGUCCAUUCGUGGACCGAGGAUUGGUUAUAAACAAACUCAUGCAACAACCACUGCAAAAGCCGGAGGUCGUUGGUAAGGCUUUGGUGGAAAUCGUUCAAAGAGGUGAAAGUGGCAGCGUCUGGAUAUCGGAGAAUAGUGAACCGGUCUGCGAAGUUUUCAUCCCCAAUCGCUUCAGCCUGAUGGCAUCUUCCAAGAUGCGGAAGUAGGUUCACUGUAUCAAGUUAAUUGCUUCUUACUUUCUGUUCAAAUGUUUCCUCGAAAUAAAUUGCAAUUCUUGCGUUACUUUUGUCACGUAACUCUUGUGUGGUUCAAAGCACAACUUCUCUGCUCAUUCAGGGAACAAAGAAAUUGUUCAACUGAGGAGAAAAGAGAGAAGAAAUAAUCCCAAGAUCUGACGAACGAUUUGCGAUUUAUCGUAAUAAUUUUGA